GGAAAACCAUGGGAUAACGCAGCAAAAUGUAUUCUCGCGAGAGUUCACGCUGUCCUACUCGCCAGUGGAAGAUGGAGAAGCAAAUGUAACACGCAUUUGAGAUCAUCUGAAACAACUGCAAAACCUACGAUGAAAGCUGAACCAAAGUAAUUACUGGUAAUGUGACUAAAAUGCUGUUACCUGGAUAUUGCCAAACUUUAUUCUAAGUUCCUUGAAGGCAGCAGUAAAAGGCGUGACAAUGAAGGUAGACAGAAGUAAGCUAAAGAAGACUCCUACAGAAGCUCCGGCUGACUGCAGGAUACUUAUUGAAAAGCUUAAGGCAUGUAGUGAUGAGCAGCUCCUGGUUGAACUGCAGCACAUCAAGACUUGGAAUAUUGGCAAGUGUGAGCUGUACCACUGGGUGGAUCUCCUGGACCGCUUUGAUGGCAUUCUCUGUGAUGCAGGCCAGACAGUUGAGAAUAUGUCGUGGCUUCUGGUGUGUGAUCGUCCAGACAAUAGUCAGCUCAAAGCUCUGCUGUUGGCAGUACUUAACUUCACAGCUCUUCUAAUUGAAUAUAGCUUCUCUAGGCACCUUUACAGUUCCAUAGAGCACUUAACUACCUUGUUGGCGUCAUGUGACAUGCAAGUGGUCCUAUCUGUGCUGAACCUGCUAUAUGUGUUCAGUAAACGUUCCAACUACAUCACAAGACUAGGAUCUGAUAAAAGGACACCAUUAUUAGCUCGUCUACAACAUCUGGCAGAGAGCUGGGGUGGAAAGGAAAAUGGCUUUGGUCUGGCUGAAUGCUGCAGGGAUUUGCCUAUGACGAAGUAUCCCCCCAGUGCCACCACACUGCAUUUUGAAUUCUAUGCUGAACCAGGUCCUGAGGUCAAAAUUGAAAGAAAGACAAGUAGUAAUACACUACACUAUAUUCACAUCGAGCAGCUUGACAAGAUUUCUGAAAGUCCGUCUGAAAUCAUGGAGUCAUUGACUGCAAUGUAUAACAUCCCUAAAGAUAAACAGACCUUACUGUUUACACACAUUCGAUUAGCCCAUGGCUUCUCCAACCACAAGAAGAGACUGCAAGCAGUGCAAGCCAGGCUACAUGCCAUUUCUAUACUGGUGUACUCAAAUGCACUCCAAGAGUCAGCUAACAGUAUUCUUUAUAAUGGCCUGAUAGAAGAGCUGGUUGAUGUACUCCAAAUUACAGACAAACAGCUUGUGGACAUCAAGGCAGCAUCUUUGCGCACUUUAACAUCCAUUGUUCAUCUGGAAAGGACUCCAAAGCUUUCGAACAUCAUUGACUGCACUGGCACUGCUUCCUAUCAUGGCUUUUUGCCUGUGUUGGUGCGCAACUGUAUACAGGCAAUGAUUGAUCCUCUGAUGGAACCAUACCCACACCAGUUUGCAACUGCACUGUUUUCCUUCCUCUAUCACUUGGCCAGCUAUGAUGCUGGAGGGGAGGCACUUGUUUCUUGUGGCAUGAUGGAAGCUCUUCUGAAAGUGAUAAAGUUCCUUGGGGAUGAGCAGGAUCAGAUCACCUUUGUGACACGAGCGGUACGGGUAGUGGACCUUAUUACCAACUUGGACAUGGCUGCCUUUCAGUCCCACAGCGGCCUUUCCAUUUUUAUUUGCAGACUAGAGCAUGAGGUAGACCUAUCAAGGAAAGAGUGCCCUUUUGUCAUCAAGCCAAAGAUUCAAAGGCCCAACUCUGCAGUGGAUGCUGAAGACAUGGACACUGACAUGGAAAUGUCAGAAGUUGCCAUGGAAAGUAGUCCUGGCCCAUCUACAUCUUCUGGAUCAAGACCAGACGUAGACCACCGGGCACAGAACAAUGCCGUUAGUACACCACGUGCAGGUAUGCAGUGUAUACCACAGCGAGCAGCACUGUUAAAAUCGAUGCUCAACUUUUUGAAGAAAGCCAUCCAGGACUCUACUUUCACUGAUGGUAUUCGCCACAUAAUGGAUGGGUCAUUGCCUACCUCACUCAAGCACAUCAUCAGUAACGCAGAAUACUAUGGUCCAUCACUUUUUCUUUUGGCCACGGAGGUGGUGACGGUGUUUGUAUUCCAGGAGCCAUCUCUGCUUUCUUCUUUACAAGACAACGGCCUCACAGAUGUUAUGCUGCAUGCACUUCUCAUUAAAGAUGUUCCAGCAACCCGUGAAGUUUUAGGGUCCCUUCCCAAUGUGUUCAGUGCACUGUGUCUGAACGCAAGAGGUUUGCACUCUUUUGUUCAGUGUCAGCCCUUUGAGCGGCUCUUCAAAGUGCUCUUGUCUCCUGACUACUUGCCUGCUAUGCGCCGACGCCGCAGUUCGGACCCUCUUGGUGACACUGCAUCUAAUCUGGGAAGUGCAGUUGAUGAGCUCAUGAGGCACCAGCCCACACUGAAGACAGAUGCUACUACAGCCAUAAUUAAGUUACUAGAGGAGAUCUGUAACUUAGGCCGGGCCCCAGAGUACAUCUGCCAAAAACCUUCCAUCCAGAAAGCAGAUGGCACUGUGGCUGUACCACCUGCACGGUCCAGUCAUGCAGCUGAAGAAGCAUCCAGUGAAGAUGAAGAGGAGGAGGAGGCACUUCACACCUUUAGCCAACAGGGGGAGCCAGAGAGCAACAGACAGUCAGUGCCACUUGAACUGGUUGUGGGUACUGAGGAACGGAUUCCUAUUCCUCUUAUGGAUUAUAUCUUGAAUGUGAUGAAAUUUGUUGAAUCCAUACUAAGCAACAAUACAACUGAUGACCACUGCCAGGAGUUUGUCAACCAAAAGGGACUGCUGCCUCUGGUUUCAAUUCUGGGUUUACCUAACUUGCCCAUAGACUUCCCCACAUCAGCUGCCUGCCAAGCAGUUGCUGGUGUUUGCAAGUCAAUACUGACUCUCUCUCAUGAACCUAAAGUUCUUCAAGAGGGCCUGUGCCAACUUGAUAGUAUUUUGACAUCCUUGGAGCCCUUACAUCGGCCAAUUGAGGUGCCUGGAGGAUCUGUGCUUCUCAGGGAGCUGGCUAAUGCAGGCCAUGUUACAGAUGCAACAUUGUCAGCACGGGCCACUCCACUUUUGCACGCGUUGACGGCUGCACAUGCAUACAUCCUCAUGUUCGUUCAUACUUGCAGAGUUGGACAGAGUGAAAUCAGGGCCAUUUCAGUCAACCAGUGGGGCUCCCAGUUGGGCCUGAGUGUUCUCAAUAAGCUGAGUCAGCUCUACUGCUCUCUUGUGUGGGAGAGCACUGUUCUGCUGUCCCUUUGCACACCCAACAGUCUGCCUCCAGGUUGUGAGUUUGGUCAGGCUGACAUGCAGAAAUUAGUUCCCAAAGAGGAGAAGCCAUCUUGCAGCACUACAACAGCAAUGGGCUCAGGCUCUAAGAAAAAUGAAAAUGAAGCAGUAUCUGUGGAUACUUCUGCUGGAGGAUUGCUAGAAGGCAUGGGGCUUGAUGGAGAUACACUGGCUCCAAUGGAGACCGAUGAACCCACUACAUCAGAUCCUAAGACCAAAUCAAAACUUACUCCAGCCAUGGCCACACGCAUCAAACAGAUAAAACCACUUCUGUCAGCUUCAUCUCGACUUGGACGAGCUCUGGCUGAACUGUUUGGUUUGCUGGUGAAACUUUGUGUGGGCUCUCCAGUGCGACAGCGUCGCUCCCAUCAUGCCACAAGCACAGGCACCACGCCAACACCAGCUGCACGAGCCACUGCUUCUGCUCUUACCAAACUUCUCACCAAGGGUCUGAGCUGGCAGCCUCCUCCAUACACCCCAACACCACGUUUUAGGCUGACCUUUUUUAUUUGCUCAGUGGGAUUUACUUCUCCAAUGCUGUUUGACGAGAGAAAGUACCCCUAUCACCUCAUGCUACAAAAAUUCUUCUGUUCUGGAGGACACGAUGCUUUGUUUGAGACAUUUAACUGGGCCUUGACAAUGGGAGGCAAGGUACCUGUGUCUGAGGGUCUGGAGCAUGUAGAGUUACCAGAUGGGACUGGAGAGUUUUUGGAUGCAUGGUUAAUGCUGGUGGAGAAGAUGGUGAACCCCAGCACAGUGUUGGACUCGCCUCACUCUCUGCCAGCUAAAAUGCCUGGAGUUACACCCACUAUGCCUCAGUUUAGUGCUCUUAGAUUUCUCAUCGUCACCCAAAAGGCUGCUUUCAACUGCAUCCGCAGUCUGUGGAACAGGAAACCACUUAAAGUGUAUGGAGGCAGGAUGGCUGAGUCCAUGCUGGCCAUACUCUGCCACAUUUUAAGAGGAGAGCCAGUAAUCCAAGAGCGGCUUGCUAAGGAGCGAGAGGGCACAGUUCGCCCUGAGGAGGAGGCUGCCUCCACAGGCUCUUUGGGAGGCACUACUGCCCCUGGAUCAAGUACAACAAGUGGAGAGGGCUCUGCACCAACUGGGUCCUCUACUGGAGCACCACCUGCAGGAUCAGCAGAGGAUUCCACCAACUCAAGUUCCCGCCGUGAGCCUCAGGUUAACCAGGCCCAGCUCACACAGGGAAGAUGCAGAGGGAGAGUGAGGCACGAACAGGUCCGCCAGCAGCAUCUUCAACAGCUUGUAGAUAUGGGUUUCUCAAGAGAACAUGCCAUGGAAGCUCUGCUGAACACCAGCACUAUGGAACAGGCUACGGAGUAUCUACUCACUCAUCCUCCUCCUCUUCUUAGUGGAGCAGUAAGGGACCUCACUAUGUCUGAAGAGGACCAGAUGAUGAGGGCCAUUGCAAUGUCACUUGGCCAAGAGGUCAGCAUGGAGCAACGCUCCGAUUCUCCUGAGGAAGCGGCACGGCGUCGUGAAGAAGAAGAUCGAAGAGCCAGGGAGCGGGCAGAGGAAGAGGAGGCUCGCUGUUUGGAACGUUUUAUGGAAGCUGAGCCCCUGGACCCACAAGAACUGCAUGCCUUUACCGACGCCAUGUUGCCGGGCUGUUUUCACCUUCUAGAUGAGCUGCCUGAUACUGUCUACAGACUGUGUGAUCUUCUCAUGACUGCGAUUAAGAGGAGUGGCCCAGAAUACAGAGACCUUAUUCUCGGUCAAGUUGUUCACCAGGUUUGGGAGGCAGCUGAUGUGCUUAUCAAGGCUGCGGUGCCCCUCACCACCAGUGAUACAAAGACCGUGUCAGAGUGGACCAGGCAGAUGGCUACACUACCACAGGCUUCUAAACUGGCCACGCGCAUUCUGCUGCUUACCUUGCUUUUUGAGGAGCUGAAACUAUUGUGUGCCAGAGUGGUGGAAAACAGCGGAAUUCUUGAUCUACUCAUCAAACUUCUUGAAGUGGUCCAGCCAUGUCUGCAGGCAGCUAAAGAACAAAAAGACAUCCAGACACCAAAAUGGAUUACACCAGUGUUGCUGCUUAUAGAUUUCUAUGAAAAAAUGGCUGUCUCUUCCAAGCGCAGAGCAGAAAUGAACAAGAAAACUGUCUUUCAGUAUCUGCAGCCUAAUGGGAACAAUUGGCGGUGGUUUGAUGAUCGUUCAGGUCGUUGGUGCAGUUACAGUGCAUCCAAUAACAGCACCAUAGACUCUGCGUGGCGUGCCGGAGAGACUAGUGUCCGCUUCACAGCCGGGCGCCGCAGAUACACUGUGCAGUUCAACACCAUGGUGCAGGUAAAUGAAGAAACUGGAAAUAGGAGACCUGUGAUGUUGACUGUCAUGAAACUGCCCCGGCUUGCCAAGACUACAAAGGCAAACAGCAUAACUGAUUCUGAGAAGGAGGAGGGAGAGAAGAACAAAGUUGAAGAAACUCAGACUGAGGCAGACUCUGUUGCACCAGUGGAGAUGACUGCUCCAAAAGUGGAUGCAAGUCAAACAAAAGAAGCUCCUUCAGGAUCUGCUUCUUCUCAAGAGCCUGAGCAUACUCAAAGCUCUGAUAUUGUUGUCCAGGGCCUGAGUGAGGACAUGACUACCAUCCUUAUCAGGGCCUGUGUCAGUAUGAUCAGUGUCCCAGUAGACCCGGAUACACUCCACGCCACACUGAGACUCUGUUUGCGUCUCACGCGCAAUCACCAGUAUGCCAUGAUGUUUGCAGAGUUAAAGAGCACUCGGAUGAUAUUAGGUCUCACUCAGAGUUCUGGUUUUAAUGGCUUUACUCCACUAGUAACACUGCUCUUCAGACACAUCAUAGAGGAUCCAGCUACACUCCGGCACACCAUGGAGAAGGUGGUUCGAUCUGCUGUAACAAGUGGUGCAGGGAGCACCACCUCUGGAGUUGUGUCAGGCAGUCUUGGCUCCAGGGAAAUCAACUACAUUCUCCGUGUCUUGGGCCCAGCUGCAUGUCGCAAUCCUGAAUGUUUCAUUGAAACUGCUAGCAAUUGUGUCCGCAUAGCUUUACCUGCUCCUCGAGGGGCUGGCACAGCCUCUGAUGAUGAGUUUGAAAAUCUAAGAAUAAGAGGACCAAAUGCUGUGCAACUGGUGAAGACUACUCCACUAAAGUUGUCACCUUUGCCAUCUAUUCCGGAUACCAUCAAGGAGGUUCUUUAUGACAUGCUCAAUGCCUUGGCAGCCUACCAUGCUCCUGAAGAACCUGAGCGCCCAGAGGAACGUGCAGUUGCAGUACCUGGUGGACAAGACCUUUGCCAAAUACUGCAGGAUGUUGGUGAUGAUGUUUACCAGCAAUAUAGACUCACGCGACAAGGCAGUGACUUUGACUCUCAGUCUGCAUUUCAUAUUAAUACUCAAGUGUUUGCGGCUGAUGGUGCUGUGGCUGAGACCUCCCAAACAGGAACACCACAAGGAGAAGCAAACUCCCCAGAGGAAAUGCGUGAGGAGAAAAAGGAGCAAGAGGGAGAAAAAAGCACCAGCUUAGAAGAGGGGAAAGCUGCCAAGGCAAAGGCUUCCAAGCCAUUAAUGCCGACCUCUACUAUCCUCAGACUACUAGCUGAACUUGUGCGCUCCUAUGUGGGAAUUGCCACAUUAAUUGCCUCAUACUGCUACACUGCCGGGCAGUCUGAGCUGAUUAAGGAGGAUUGUAGUGUUCUUGCUUUUGUGCUGGAUCAUUUGCUUCCUCAUACUCAGAAUGCAGAAGACAAAGAUACUCCAGCUCUAGCACGUCUCUUUUUGGCCAGUUUGGCUGCUGCUGGCACAGGCACAGAUGCUCAGGUAGCUCUGGUCAAUGAGGUGAAGGCCGCACUCAGUCGUGCACUUGCUAUGGCUGAAGGGGCUGAAAAACAUGCCAGACUUCAAGCAGUUAUGUGUAUUAUUAGCACAAUUAUGGAGUCUUGCCCUUCAACAUCUAGCUUCUACAGCACCGCAGCAGCAAAAACCCAACAUAAUGGCAUGAAUAAUAUUAUUAGGCUUUUCCUCAAGAAAGGUCUGGUAAAUGAUUUGGCUCGAGUACCUCACAGCUUGGAUUUGUCAAGUCCUAAUAUGGCUAAUACAGUCAAUGCUGCUCUGAAACCACUGGAAACGCUAUCUCGUAUUGUGAACCAACCUAGCAGUUUGUUUGGUGGCAAAGGAGGCUCAAGCAAGAAUAAGACUGAGCACGACACAGUGGGCACUGCAAGAGACAGCAACAGUAACACUCAGGACCAAGGUGAAUCUGGUGAGGCAGAACCAGUAGAAGGCAAUCAUAGAGUCACAGGGCCAGAUAGUGACCUCAUGGAUGGAGAGACAGAAGGAGACACUGUUGUAAUUGCUGGACAGCCAGAGGUUCUUAGCACACAAGCCAUGCAGGUAGAGAAUGAGUUGGUGGAUUUAAUUGAUGAGCUCUUGGAAAGGGAUGCUGGCACAGUAAAUAGUACAAUCAUAGUGGGAAGGAGUGCUGAGGAUGAAUCCCAGGAAGACGUGUUAAUGGAUGAGGCUCCAUCUAAUAUUAGCCAAGCCUCUACACUUCAGGCAAACCGCGAAGACUCCAUGAACAUCUUGGAACCAGAGGAUGAGGAGCACACACAGGAGGAAGACUCCAGUGGCAGUAAUGAUGAUGAAGACAGUCAGGAUGAGGAGGAGGAGGAAGAGGAGGAGGAAGAGGAGGACCAGGAUGAUGAAGAAGGUGAUGAGGAUGAUGACGAUGAAGGUUCAGAGAUGGAGUUGGAUGAAGACUUCCCUGACAUUAAUGCUGCUCCUCACAUUCGGUUUGAGCGCUUUGACAGAGAUGAUGACCUCAUCAUAGAAUUUGACAACAUGUUUUCCAACAAUGCUGACAUCCCUCCAUCCCCAGGCAACAUUCCCAGCUCCCACCCACUCAUGGUGCGCCAUGCCGAUCAUGGCUCUUUGACUCUUGGAGUUGCAGGUUCCAGCAGCCGCUUGGCCCAGGGCAUGGGGCGCAGCCAGAGAACACUGCGACAGUUGACUGCUAACAGCGGACACACCAUACAUGUCCACUAUCCUGGAAACCGACAGCCCAACCCACCUCUCAUCCUGCAAAGAUUGUUGGGUCCCAGUGCAGCAGCAGACAUCUUGCAGUUGUCCAGUUCUCUUCCUCUGCAGUCUCGUGGCCGUGCUCGUUUGUUGGUUGGAAAUGAAGACGUGCAUAUCAUUGCCCGCUCAGAUGACGAGUUGUUUGAUGAUUUUUUCCAUGAACAGAGCGGUACUGGAGGUCAAGCAGGUACUCUUUCCAGUAUUCCCACAGCUCUGACCAGAUGGACUGAUGAGUGUAAAGUUCUUGAUGCUGAAAGUAUGCAUGAUUGUGUUGCUGUUGUCAAAAUACCAAUUCUUCAGCAUUUGGAAUAUCUUCGAGAUGAGGAGUUGGAAGAAAGAAGGGAAAAGCGCAGGAGACAAAUGGCUGAAGAGGAAGAAUCUAAGCAGAAUGAAAGGAGAGCCUCUGGAGCAGAGCAGUCCAGGGAGCAGAGUCUGCAGGGGUCUGGACUGGGCACAGUGAAUGGUGCAGAGAACACUGCAGAGGGUGAGCAGGCUCAGGGUAGUGCAGUGACAUGUCUGGACCCCCCCAGAGUCGAAGGUUUCCUCACAGCGCCCCCAUCUGGAGAGGUUACUCCUACCACCCCAGCUCCUCAUGAGCCGGCCUUGGUCUCCUUAGAAACUGCUAUAAGCCAACAGGUGCACCAACCAAUAGCGGAUCUGCUGUUGGCCGAGUCACAUGCCAGCUCCCUGGCUGCCCUGGCAGGGGCAGGCCUUGCCUCCUUGUCAGACAGACAAAGCAAUGAAGUGGAAGCAUCUCAGAUGGAAAUGUCCCCAGCCCCGACAAUCGGUGAGAGAGCCGGAGGAAGUGGUGGAGGAGAAAGAGGAGGAGCGGAUGAAGGCAGGGAAGCCUCUCUGAGUCCCGAUAUCGUUGAGUCGUCAGAGCCUGCAGCGGUGGGCGUGUCACAACUUGAGGGCUCUCCCAUGGACACCAGCAGUCCUGCUUCUGCCACUCAGGAAGAGGCCGCUUCUGCUCCUCCACAAACCACCCAUCUCUCCCAGGAGCUCUCGGGCAGUGGGGAGAGCGGACUUACUGACAGGCAGACAGAUGUAGAGACAGGGUCAACAUCUGUAUCUUCUCCUGGUGAAACCAUGCCCAGAAGUGACAGUGCUGACAGUCAGACUCAGGCCAUUCAAGAGGAACCUCUCCCCUCAACUAGCAAUGAAGAAGAGGACCCACUUGCUGGCAUCAGUCUCCCAGAGGGCGUGGACCCAUCUUUUCUGGCUGCACUUCCAGAGGACAUCCGCAGGGAGGUGCUUCAAAACCAGCUGGGUAUCCGACCACCAUCCCGUCCGCCUGCCAACACCAGCCUGCCCUCCUCUACAGCCCCUGUGCUGGGGGCACCAGGUGUUACGGAGGUCAGUCCUGAGUUUCUAGCUGCUCUGCCACCUGCCAUCCAGGAGGAGGUUCUUGCUCAACAACGUGCAGAACAGCAGCGGAGGGAGUUGGCCCAGCAACCACCACAGGGAGACACUCCUCUGGAUCCAGUCACAUUCAUCCAGACAUUGCCCUCAGAGUUGCGGCGCAGUGUACUGGAGGACAUGGAGGACAGUGUGCUAGCCGUCAUGCCUCCUGACAUUGCAGCAGAGGCAGCCGCUCUGCGCAGAGAACAAGAAGCGCGGCAGAGGCAGCUUAUGCACGAGCGGCUGUUUGGGCACAGCUCAUCAUCAGCUCUGUCAGCCAUCUUAAGGUCACCAGCAUUUACUAGUCGCCUUGGUAGCAAUCGGGGAGUCCAGUACACCCGUCUGGCUGUACAGAGAGGAGGCACCUUCCAAAUGGCAGGAGGAACGAAUCACAGACCCUCCAGUUCCAAUGUGGACUCGCUGUUGCGGUUACGUGGUCGGCUGUUGCUGGACCAUGAGGCCCUGUCCUGUCUGCUGGUGCUGCUGUUUGUAGAUGAGCCUAAGUUGAACACGAGUCGCCUACACAGAGUUCUCAGGAACCUCUGCUACCACUCUCAAACCCGUGGCUGGGUCAUCCGCAGCCUGCUCUCCAUUCUGCAGCGUAGCAGCGAGAGUGAAGUGUGUGUGGAGACGUCCCGACUGGAAGAGUCUCGUGGCAAAAGAAGCAUUCAGAGUGGCUGUGGAGGAAAAGGAUCUGCCGUGUCCUCUCUAUCUUCAUCCUCCUCUUCAUCUUCUUCUUUAGAGCUUCUAAACAGGGUGGAGUCCAGAAGUUCCAGCCAGUUGUCUUGGCUUUCGGUUUCCAUGGAUGCAGCUUUGGGCUGCAGAACUAAUAUUUUCCAAAUUCAGCGAGCCUCAGGGAGAAAGCAUGCCGACCGCCACUCAGCAGGGAGCUCCACAGGGUCUGGGACAAUUGGGGCGGGGAUGUCUGGGGCCACUGCAGGGGUGACCUGUGCUGGAGGUGGAGGCUCUACUGUCCAUAUUCAUCCACAAGCUGCACCUGUGGUUUGUCGACAUGUUCUGGAUACACUAAUUCAACUAGCCAAGGUUUUUCCUAGCCACUUCACGCAGCAGCGCUGUAAAGACCUCUCCUCUUCAUCAGACCUGGACUCUCGCCUCUGCACAGGCCCAGGAGGUGGUAGCAGGUCAGGCUCUCAGUCUCAGACCUGUGUUGCUUCAAAUACCUCCAACUCCCAAAACACCUUAGGUUCUUGUGUUGCCACCCCCCAAUCACUGGGAAUCUCCACUGAUUUCUGGGACUUGUUAGUAAAGUUAGACAACAUGAAUGUCAGCCGCAAAGGCAAAGCCUCCAUGAAGACUGUGCCUCUAGGGGGCAGUGCAGAGGCAGAAGGGGCUCAGUUCAGCCUGGAGACCUCUCCUUUGGGGCAGCUGAUGAACAUGUUGUCUCAUCCGGUCAUCAGAAGGAGCUCUUUGCUAACAGAAAAGUUACUACGGUUGCUCUCCCUCAUAUCAAUAGCUCUUCCUGAUAACAAGGCUACAGAGGUGCCAGCUGGACACCCCACUCCACAGGCCGCCAACCCCAGUGCAGCCAGCAGCUCAAGCACCACUGUCCCGGUCACCACCACCACCACAACGUUAGCAGGUUCCACCCAGGCCACUGUGACUGUGCCUAUUGCCUCUGCUACCAUAGCAACCCAGGGCACUAAUGCACCAGCCACCAGUUUAGGGGCAUCUACAACACCCUCCACCACAAUCUCAAUACCCACAUCUACUGGGACCACUGUUGCAGGAAAACCAAGGGGCAUAACCACCUGCACAGAGAGUGAGAAAAUGGCAUCCUCUGGGCUAACUGAGAAACAACUUCAGCUAUCUGUUGAGGUGUUGACUUCUCACUCGUGCUCAGAGGAGGGUCUGGAGGAUGCAGCCAACAUUCUGCUACAGCUGUCGAGAGGGGACUGUAGCACCAGAGACACUGUGCUGAGACUGCUGCUCAGUGGAGCCAGACAUCUCGGAUACACUCUUUGUAAACAGAUUGGUACAUUAUUGGCUGAAUUAAGAGAGUACAAUUUGGAGCAGCAAAGAAGAGCACAUGCAGAUUCCCACUCCCCUGAUGCCCCGUCUGAGGACUCCUCCCUCUCAGCCAGACUAAAGGGCAAGAUGACCAGCAGGUUUGAUGGGGCUGAAAGUGUGGUCAUUGUUGCUGCCCAAAAACGGACUCUUGGAGGUCGUGAACUCCAGCUUCCAUGUAUGAGUUCGUUGACCUCUAAAACAUCAACACAGAAAUUUUUCUUACGAGUUCUUCAGGUUAUAAUCCAGCUUCGGGAAGACACACGGCGCGCCAACAAAAAGGCUAAACAGACUGGACGAUUAGGUUCUGCAAGUCUGGGCUCAGCCAGCAGCAUCCAGGCAGCAGUGCGUCAGUUGGAGGCCGAGGCAGACGCCAUCAUUCAGAUGGUGAGGGAGGGUCAACGUGCACGACGUCUCCAGCAGGCGGCGCCACCUACUGCCUCUGCUGCUGUUUCCGUGGCAGCUGGAUCGUCUGUGGCACCUACCCAUGCUCCUGCUGGUGCUGCUCCCCCUGCUGGCACUGCUGCUGCCACGUCUGAUGCCCCAGCUGUGUCAGAGACUCAAGCCCAAAGAGACGACUCACCCAUGGACGUGGACCAGCCCUCCCCUCUGGAGCAGGAUCCUGCACCUCUGGAUGAAGAUGGAAAUGGCCAGAGUGAGGCAGAGGAGAGACUACCAGACCUUCCUCUCCUUAGUGAGCAGCUGUUGCUGGAUGAGCUAUGGGACAUGCUUGGGGAGUGCCUCAAGGAGCUGGAGGAGUCACAUGACCAGCACGCCGUUCUGGUUCUCCAACCAGCUGUAGAGGCCUUCUUCUUGGUCCAUGCUACGGAGCGAGAGAGCAAGCCUCCAGUGCGGGACACACGGGAGAGCCAGUUGUCCCACAUCAAAGACGAGCCCCCACCGCUGUCCCCCGCCCCUCUCACACCAGCCACACCCUCUUCUCUUGACCCCUUCUUCUCCAGGGAACCAUCCUCCAUGCACAUCUCUUCAAAUCUGCCCCCCGACACACAGAAGUUCCUUCGCUUUGCAGAAACACAUCGCACAGUCCUUAAUCAGAUUCUGCGGCAGUCUACGACUCAUUUGGCUGAUGGGCCUUUUGCAGUUCUGGUUGACUACAUCCGAAUCCUGGACUUUGAUGUGAAGCGGAAAUACUUCCGUCAGGAGCUGGAGCGGCUGGACGAAGGCCUGAGGAAGGAGGACAUGGCGGUGCAUGUGAGGAGAGACCAUGUGUUUGAGGACUCCUACAGAGAGCUGCACCGCAAGAGCCCGGAGGACAUGAAGAAUAGGCUGUAUAUUGUCUUUGAAGGAGAGGAAGGCCAGGACGCCGGUGGCCUUUUGAGGGAGUGGUACAUGAUUAUCUCCAGGGAGAUGUUCAAUCCCAUGUAUGCUCUUUUCCGAACGUCACCUGGCGACCGCGUUACAUACACCAUCAACCCUUCAUCUCAUUGCAACCCGAACCACCUCAGUUACUUCAAGUUCGUGGGCCGUGUGGUAGCCAAGGCAGUGUACGAUAACCGACUCCUAGAGUGUUACUUCACACGCAGCUUCUACAAGCACAUCCUGGGCAAGAGUGUCAGGUACACAGAUAUGGAGAGUGAGGACUACCCAUUCUUCCAGGGUUUGGUGUACUUGUUGGAGAAUGAUGUGUCCACACUGGGCUAUGAGCUGACGUUCAGCACAGAGGUUCAAGAGUUUGGGGUGUGUGAAGUUAGAGACCUCAAACCAAAUGGCGCCAAUAUCCUUGUUACAGAGGAAAACAAAAAGGAGUAUGUCCACCUCGUGUGUCAGAUGAAGAUGACUGGUGCAAUCCGAAAACAGCUGGCAGCUUUCCUUGAAGGCUUCUAUGAGAUCAUCCCCAAAAGGCUGAUCUCUAUCUUCACUGAACAAGAGCUAGAGCUGCUGAUCUCAGGCCUGCCCACUAUCGACAUCGACGACCUCAAGGCCAACACAGAGUACCACAAGUACCAGUCCAGCUCCAUCCAGAUCCAGUGGUUCUGGAGGGCUCUGCGCUCGUUUGACCAGGCAGAUAGGGCUAAGUUCCUGCAGUUUGUGACUGGCACAUCUAAAGUCCCUUUGCAGGGUUUUGCUGCCCUCGAGGGAAUGAAUGGGAUUCAGAAGUUUCAAAUCCACAGAGACGACCGAUCCACUGACCGCCUGCCGUCUGCGCAUACCUGCUUUAACCAGUUGGACCUCCCAGCUUACGAGAGCUAUGAGAAGUUAAGACACAUGCUGCUGCUGGCCAUCCAGGAGUGCUCCGAGGGCUUCGGACUGGCCUAACUCUUCACAAACACAACUGUUAAACUAGUUUGCCUAUGCCUCAUACAUUCACACUAAGAUUACAACAUACACAACACAGUCUCAUCAACAUCACUGGAAAUGUGUUGGAUGGCCUGGUCUUACUGGUUUCUAUUCCAUGUUAAAUGAGCAAAACCAGCAAGUGAACGGACUGAUUUACAAUAACUGAGAGCCUCAUGUUUCAUGUGUGUCUCAGUUUAAUGACAAAUGCACCUGCAGAUUCAGAGGAUUAAAACAUGGACUAAUAUAAGAGACAUUUUCUUCAUAUAGUUUGUUUCUCUGUACAAAAGGUUUGGGAGUUUAUUAUGUUUAAUCUUUUUUGUUCUGGCUGUGUAAAAAGAUCUGAGAAUGUUGUUUGAACAGGAUGGUUAUAAAACCUUUGGGGAAAACUGUUGGUUUCUUGUUGCUAAUUUGUGACCUCACAAGCCUUGAUGAUGGGGAACAUUUUUAUGGGGGUAGGGGGGUGGGUGUAUGAAAAAACUUGGUUUGAGAUAUUCGCAAAAAUGCACUUUUCAACAUUUUGUGGCAUUUUUAAGGAAGUAUGGUACAAAAAUGAAGAGAAUUUGAAGGAGAGAAGACAUUAACCAUAAAUCCUAGAGUAUUUUUGGCUAUUAAAUCGCUGACCCAGCCUUGAGCCUUUGAUUCAGAGUGGAAUAACUACAUGAAUAAAUGCAUAAAAUUG